AGUAGGGGGCGUAGAAAAUGGUGAAGGGAGCACUCACAGAGGAGGUGGUCUGACUCUCGGGAGAAUAGAACAAGGAGGGGACAGUUUGGAGAAUUCAGAGCAAGGAGGAGGUGGAGGAGUAGCAGGUCCCCAUUCCUCCUCCUCCUCCUCCUCCUCCUCGACCUCCUCACCCUCCCCCACCACCUCAGAGGUGUUCAGCACUGCCCUCAGCUGCCUCUGGGAGGACCAUCGGAGAGGCUGUGCACACAGACGCUUCUCCCUGGUGCAGUUUGACUCGCACAGCCCCUUUCCAACCCCUCCUCACCCACAUGGGCCAGGGAGGUCCACCACAGCAGCCACAGCCACACUCCCGCCACUCUUCCAGGGACUGAGCCUCUACAGCCUGCCCAGAGACAGCCGGGCGUUCGUCCGAGGAGUCAUGGCGGAGAGGCAGGGUGGAGACGGUGUGCUGCAGAGGUGCUGGCAGUCCAGAUGGAUGUCCAGAGAACUGAGGAGGAGGCUGCAGACUACUGGUGUUUAUGCUGCCAAUGGCACUGGAGAACAUUUGUCCAGAGUGCUGGAGGAGAACUCUGUGGAGGAGAGUGUGCCUCUUCAGCCAUGACUUUUUUUUUCACCACCACACUGAGGGGGUUUGGCCUGGUAUUGUAAUAAUAGCCCUAUCUGUUGGUUUGUUUGCCCUUGGGGUGUGUGUGCGUGUGUGUGUGUGUGUGUUGCACACACUGAGGCAUACACACAAUCUUGGACAAACACAUACACAUGCAUGCAUGCAUGCAAACACACGCACACAGUGAAAGUGAGAUCUAUGCAUCGUGAUAUUAAACAGUUGCUUGUAGCAUUGGCUAGGGGACCAGGUUGCCAUUUUCGAUUGCAUCUACAUAUACCUGUAUAAGUUGUUGUUUGUAUCCAACAAAUAGUAAUAUAAAAUGAAGGUUGUAUAGUCACCCAUUUAACACAAAUGUCUAUUGUUGACAUUAUAAUUAAUGUUUAGUAAAAAAGCCGCACUCCCGGAUCAGUUUCUUGCCGUUUUAAUACUGCCAUGCUAAUCCAGUAUUAAAAUGGCAAGAAACUGAUCCGGGAGUGCGGCUUUUUUUUACUAAACAUGAACUUUGCUGUUUGCUCGCACCCGAAGACCUUGUAAGAAACUUUUCGGAGUUGAGCUUACUUUCUCUACAAAAAGACAUAAUAAUUGAUGCCACUUGCAUAGUUUGGCGUUAGUAAACCUCCCUGCUGAACACCAGCCUCACAUUGAUGCGGUAGAGCAGGGCUAUCAGCCUGGAUCUUUUGAAAGCGAAAGCCCAACUGGGAAACUCCAACUCCCAUUGUCAUUGUGACACAGCAGCACUCCACACACAAGUGUUCACUGCACACAACGAAAUUGCAUUUUACUGUAUGCCUCACCCGUGCAAGGGGGUAGCUCCUAAUAGCACACCAAGGGAGCUGUGCGACGGGACGGCACCAUGCUCAGGGUACCUCAGUCAUAGAGGAGGUUAAUUAGUGGUUAAUUACUCCCCCCACCAACCUGGCUGGUCGGGAGUCGAAUGGGCAACCUUUGGGCUACAUGUCUGACGCCCUAACCGCUUACCCAUGACUGUCCUCAGUGGUAUCACACCUGUGCUCCCAAGCCUGUUGCUGUGAUUGGGAGGUUGCAGGUUUGAGUCCUGAGUGCCAAACUAUCACAUAAUUUUCUAACCACAAUGCAUCAAACUGGCAAAGUGUGCAUGCGCACUGCCUAGCAAAAACAGCACUGCUUCAUCACAAUCGUGCCCAAUGACUCCUUUCACCUAACCUGGGAAAUCCCAUGCUGCUUUGCACAAUCGUUCCGUUCUGAUAUACUGAUAUGGUCUGGUGUUAACCAGGUAACCCUUCACCCUACACCACGGAUAGGUUUUGUUGUGUAGUUCGAAACAAUGUUAAAUCUUGUGUCUAUUGUCAAUUGAAGUAUGAUGUUCGCAUUGGACUAUUAAUUGAACUUGUAGGUAACUGGCCUAGCUGUGUACUGGUAGGGAUGAUUUAUAUAUUUUACAAUCUUUAAAAAAAGAAAUGUCUGGUUGUAAAACUAAGUAUGAAGUUUGCAUUUGAAUGUGUGAAUUGGUCUUCUCUACAAUUAGGUAACUGUAAUUUACAGACUUUGUCGUGUUCUCUUCCUGUGUGAAAGGAAAUGUAUGAAAGAAAGUCCGUUUUUAAAAUAAUGAAGUAAUGUAUCAUUUUUUCACUGUGGGUUUGUUCAUAUUGUGUGGUACUACAUAGUACAUGUACAUAAUUGUAAUAGCAACUAGAUGUUGUAACCCUGGUUUCACAAGCUGUCUCUUCAUUCUAUGAAGUUUAACACACCGUAUUGUCACUGGCCUACACACAAGUCACAAAUUUCAAUCAUGCCAUCAUGACUCUGAUGUGAAUAGAAGGAGGCCUAAUUAAGAAGACGAUAGAGGCCUUGUUAAAUAUUGAAUGCACAGACCUAGACCUCUAACAACAUAACCAAGGGGUGUGAACUUUCGACCACAGAAAACCUCACUAAUGUUUCUACAAAAAUUGUCCAAGUGUUUAAGACAGCAAAGAGAUUUGGUGAUUCUGAAUAGAUUGGAAAUUCUACAUUGACAUUUUUUACAACUUUUUUUUUUUUUUACCUCAGUGCAGUAGGCUACCUUUUCAUUCAUAGACAUGAGACACGUUCAGUUAGGUUUGUUUUGGACUUAUUAUAGAUUACACAUUCACAUUGCAAAAUGUAUUUGCAUUGUAUCUUUGGUCACACGUUUUCCUUAUCACAUAUUCUGUGUUUAGAGGUGCACUCAGUAGGCCUUUUGGCAUGUUAUUGGCCAUGGUACAGUCCCGGGGCGGGGUGAUACAGAAAAUUAACCAAUGCAAAGGCUACAGUGCUACAAUGAGGCGGGCUCAGGACGGACCAGGCACCGCAACCAAAUGUCUUUGUAGUAUCGCCCAAGGGAAAUAAAAUGAACGCGCUGGGACGGCUGUGAAGUCCAGGAUAAAGGUGGUGACGUAUAGAGCUGUUUCAGUUCUGCACCUGUUGUUCACCUAGAGUAGAAGGUUUCAAACCUGGUGUAGACAAAGUCCAACCUACAUGAUAGACACUACGGCACGCCUACUACCAAUUCUAAUAAAUAGCCCACAGUCCCCCUAACAGAGCGAUGCCUUCCCUUUGGAACUCUGUGCUGUCAGUCUCCCUGUGCAUGUGGCUGUGCCUGUCCCUGCCGUGGCCGGCCGUGGCCCACCAGUGUUCAGACACAUGCAAAGCUUGCGGAGGGCACGACAACAAGACGUGCCUGGCAUGCAAAGACGGCUGGAUGCUCCAUGACACCCACUGUGUGGAUGUGGAUGAGUGUGACGCCAGGACAUCUGGAUGCCCCUCCAACACCUACUGCUUCAACACAGAGGGCUCCUUCGAAUGCAGAGGUUGUGACCCCGCGUGCGUGGCUUGCAUGGGCAGUGGACCCGCGCGCUGUAAGAAGUGUGCCAAUGGAUACAGGAUGACAGGUGCAAAAUGUGUAGACAUUGAUGAGUGCGGUGAGAAUGAGCUGGUGUGCCCAGGGCUGGAUGAGUUCUGUGUGAACAGGGAGGGCUCCUUCUACUGCCAAUGUGCCAAGGGGUUCCGUCGGGAGGGGGGCAUCUGCAAACCGAUUCCAACCGCUGGGUCGCAUGAGAAGGGUCUGUUCGACGACCUCCAGGAGGAGGAGGUGGAGGUGCUUCAGCAGAUGUUCUUCGGGGUGAUCCUGUGUGCUCUGGCCACGCUGGCUGCCAAGGGAGACAUGGUCUUCACCUCCAUCUUCAUGGGAGCCGUGGCCGCCAUGGCUGGCUACUGGUUCUCCGACAAAGGGGACAGGAUACUGGACACUGUGUUCAAAGGACGCUAAGCUAACCGUGUGUUAUAAACAUACACACAAGCGCACGUGCACGUGCAGGGAGCACACACGCACGCACGCACACAUACACACAGACAGACACAGACAUUGAGAAAUGCACGUGCAUGCGCCCACACAAACACGCACGCGCACUGACACACUCCACAAAACAGACAGACACAUUGACAUAACACACACCACACACGCACAGAUUUCAUGUCAUUUUAAAUGUGUGGGCAGUAUGUGUAUUUUCUAUCUGUUAUCAAAAGGUGUGGAAGGCUCUACAGUAUGUUCCCUUCAAACAUUUGGGGAAAAAAUUCACAACAUGGUGAUUCUCAUUCAUCCAAUUCGCCUACAUUAGAGUAUAAUUUGUAAGCAACUGGAAUCCCUUUUUUAGUUUAAAUAGCAACAUGUCUCCAAGCUACAAAAAUGUGCAGUUGCCUUACAAAUAAACUAAUCUUCACAAACUGUUUGUUCAGCAUGAAGCCUUAGAAGUGACCGCACCCUCGCCAGCCCCUUCAGUCACCUUUUGUCGAGAGAGAACGUCAUAUGAAUUGUGGUUUGUUGGAAAAGGUUUGUGUCGCCUUUUUUUAUACCAACUGUAAACCAAAUUCAGAGGACCUGCCCGAGUUUGCACUGAAGUAAAUAUUACAUAAAAUUUUAAUGUGUUACUGUAUAUUUUGUAAUAGGUCAAAACUACAAAUAAAUAAAUAUU